AUGCCCGCCCGCAGCCUCAGAGCCUCCCGGGGUACGGCCGCUCUUCUCUCCCCUCCUCCCGGGGGUCCACACCUCCCCCUACCCCCAGGGACCCGCCGCCCUCCCUGCCCCACGCCGCACACACGCAGGGGCCUCCCGUCACCCCCCACUCCCGAGGCCUCGCAUCAUCCCAUCCCACCCCCCCCUCCAGGCCCUACCCACCGCACGCCCCCCGGCAGGCCCGGCUCCCCCGCCGCCUCACCCCGCCAAUCCCCCGGCAUGCCCCGCGGGAGGGCCCGCUCCCGCACCGCAGUGGUCGCGGAGCGGGUGGGGGUCACGGCGGGCCGGGGCACAGGGGAGAAGGGGACACUCACCCCCCGCAGCGCCGCGCAGCCCCGUCCGCCGCCCCCGGCCUCCCCUCACCUCCGUCACGUGUCCCCGCACCCAGCGCCGCCGCCGCCGCCCGCCUAUCUGCCGCCCGCCAGCCCCGCCCCCGGCCCACCUCGCUGCUCCUCUCCCAUUGGCGGAGAGAACUCCCCGCGGCCCGCCCCGCCGCCCGUCCGGCGCUCCGAUUGGUUUUUACCGCAGUCGCUCAAACGCGUGCCCGCCUCAAAACCCGCCCCAACGGCGCUGCCCUUCGUGGAGCGCUCUUAUUGGCUGGCGGGUUUGCAGGAAGUGUUGGCUGAUUGGCCGCCCCUGGGAAGGCCGUUGAAAUGA